CAGUUAUUGGCCCCCGGUUAUCAGGAGAUAUGGUACAGUCCUAGCGGUUCCCGCCAGACCUCCUUUCCACCCAGCACUGUGAGUUCAAUGGGAUGUUCCAAAUCAUCUCACAAUAGGGGGUAUUCAUGAAACCAGCCUGUUUGUGGAUGUCCAAUAGCAAAAGAGUUGGCUGAGUCCGAGACAGGCUAACCAAGCUCUUAAAUCUUAGGUGCCAUCAUUGCAAAAAGAAAAGAGUGUGAUGUGAGUUUGUUUAACUCUACUCUCAUGUUGCAGGGCCACUGUUUCUACCAUGGUGAGGUCCGAGGUGUGGAGGGGUCCAGUGUAGCACUCAGCACCUGCUCAGGUCUCAGGUAAGAGUUUACACAGGUAACACUGCUGAUGGAAGUGGUGAUCACUAACUGCAUGGAAUAGGACAGCACUCCAAAAGAUUCAUUCAUUUGAUUUUAAUGAUAAUUCAGCCAUGUAUUUGUCACACAAUCAUUCUCAAACAAACGCAAUAGGAGAGCAGGUACUGUCAAAAGACGAUGUAUUUAUUUACCAUGCACUGACUGUUGAGAUAUGCAGGCCAGUGUGUUUCUAGGUCAUUGGGUUCCAUGUUAAGUCAUUGAGGCAACAGCAUCAUCAGGGGUGGAGUUUAGAGGUGGGGGUCCAGCCAUGCUGUUGUUUCCUUUCUGGGUUCACAGAGGAGACAGUUGUAGGAGAAUAACAGACACAUGCAUUGACAGAACAUCUGCAGGAGGAGGAGUGCUCACACACGGCCCCAUAUCUGCAGGAAAGGAAUUAAUGAAUACAUCUCCCUGCUAUGUCCCCCGGACAGAACUGCAAACGCAGCAUAGAGCCCAGAGCGUGCAACGUGUGCGAGCGCGCACAGACACACACACACACACACAGCUGUAGAAAGCAUCUGGAGAAGGGUCGCCCACAGUCCCUGGUAUGAAUCCGCUCCCUGAUCCAAUCCUCACAGAGCCAGAACCUGCUAUGUGCUGGUUGUCUAUUGGGAGAAGCUGGAACAGCAUAGCCCAUGGUACACAGCAGGACGCCUACAGACCUACAGCUCUAUCUACCCCAGCAGACUGAGUGGAAACAUCAGAAAUCCCCACUGAAGAUCUCUCUCUCUCUCUCUCUCUCUCUCUCUCUCUCUCCUCUCCUCUCUCUAUCUAUCUAUCUAUCUAUCUAUCAUCUAUCAUCUCUAUCUAAUCUAUCAUCUAUAGAUCUAUCUAUCUAUCUACGAUCUAUCUAGUCUAUCUAUCGAUUAUCUAAUCUAGGCUAUCUAUCUAUCCAUCCUCCAUCCAUCCAUCCAUCCAUCCAUCCAUCCAUCCAUCCAUCCAUCCAUCAUCCAUCCAUCCAUCCAUCAUCCAUCCAUCCCAUCCAUCCAUCCAUCCUCAUCCAUCCAUCCAUCCAUCCAUCCAUCCAUCCAUCCAUCCAUCCAUCCAUCCAUCCAUCCAUCCAUCCAUCCAUCAUCCCCAUCCAUCCAUCCAUCCAUCCAUCCUCCAUCCAUCCAUCCAUCCAUCCAUCCAUCCAUCCAUCCAUCCAUCACAUCCAUCCAUCCAUCCAUCCAUCCAUCCAUCCAUCCAUCCAUCCAUCCAUCCAUCCAUCCAUCCAUCCAUCCAUCCAUCAUCCAUCCAUCCAUCCAUCCAUCCAUCCAUCCAUCCAUCCAUCCAUCCAUCCAUCCAUCCAUCCAUCCAUCCAUCCAUCCAUCCAUCCAUCCAUCCAUCCAUCCAUCCAUCCAUCCAUCCAUCCAUCCAUCCAUCCAUCCAUCCAUCCAUCCAUCCAUCCAUCCAUCCAUCCCUCCAUCCAUCCAUCCAUCCAUCCAUCCAUCCAUCCAUCCAUCCAUCCAUCUGGUAUCAGGAUUUAUAUACAUAGUUCAACAUACAGUCAACCAUAAUGUAGUUGUCUCAGACCUGACAUGCAAAUCCCAGCUGCUUCUAGUUUUUCAUUCUGCCACAUCUAACUUCUCGCAAUAGAUAUUUGAUGGAGUUUGAAACACCACUACUUUCCCCAGCUAUAAAAGUUUUAGUUAGUUAAGUAAUAUAAAUGUUUUAUGUUUACCUAGGGGACUGGUUACAGUGAACACCAGCGUCAGCUACCUGUUAGAACCCCUGCCCGCCGUCACCAUGGAUACACAGCCUCCUCACGCCGUGUUCCGAGCGGAGAACCUCCGUCUGCCCAAAGGAACCUGCGGGCAACGCCAUAGCAACCAGGGCCAGGGGGAGGGGCUAGGUGACCUCAUCCAGGGAAUGAUGUCACCGUGGGGUGGAAGGGUGAGUGGAGGAGGGAUAGAUAGACUGGUUGGUGUCUGAUAUGAUAACAACUAUCUUCUUCAGAGAAUGGGGAGUGCUGCUUUGUAUCAGUGAAAUAUCCAAGAAAUAUCAGCCAUUUGAAGUCCCAUGAAAAAUAGAGGCAUAACAUACUAUGAGUUGAUAAUAAAACAUUAUGGGGGGGGGGGUAUAUACAGUGGGGAGAACAAGUAUUUGAUACACUGCCGAUUUUGCAGGUUUUCCUACUUACAAAGCAUGUAGAGGUCUGUAAUUUUUAUCAUAUGUACACUUCAACUGUGAGAGACGGAAUCUAAAACCAAAAUCCAGAAAAUCACAUUGUAUGAAUUUUAAGUAAUUAAUUUGCAUUUUAUUGCAUGACAUAAGUAUUUGAUACAUCAGAAAAGCAGAACUUAAUAUUUGGUACAGAAACCUUUGUUUGCAAUUACAGAGAUCAUACGUUUCCUGUAGGUCUUGACCAGGUUUGCACACACUGUAGCAGGGAUUUUGGCCCACUCCUCCAUACAGACCUUCUCCAGAUCCUUCAGGUUUCGGGGCUGUCGCUGGGCAAUACGGACUUUCAGCUCCCUCCAAAGAUUUUCUAUUGGGUUCAGGUCUGGAGACUGGCUAGGCCACUCCAGGACCUUGUGGUGCUUCUUACGGAGCCACUCCUUAGUUGCCCUGGCUGUGUGUUUCGGGUCGUGUCAUGCUGGAAGACCCAGCCACGACCCAUCUUCAAUGCUCUUACUGAGGGAAGGAGGUUGUUGGCCAAGAUCUCGCGAUACAUGGCCUCACCCAUCCUCCCCUCAAUACGGUGCAGUCGUCCUGUCCCCUUUGCAGAAAAGCAUCCCCAAAGAAUGAUGUUUCCACCUCCAUGCUUCACGGUUGGGAUGGUGUUCUUGGGGUUAUACUCAUCCUUCUUCUUCCUCCAAACACGGCGAGUGGAGUUUAGACCAAAAAGCUAUAUUUUCGUCUCAUCAGACCACAUGACCUUCUCCCAUUCCUCCUCUGGAUCAUCCAGAUGGUCAUUGGCAAACUUCAGACGGGCCUGGACAUGCGCUGGCUUGAGCAGGGGGACCUUGCGUGCGCUGCAGGAUUUUAAUCCAUGACGGCGUAGUGUGUUACUAAUGGUUUUCUUUGAGACUGUGGUCCCAGCUCUCUUCAGGUCAUUGACCAGGUCCUGCCGUGUAGUUCUGGGCUGAUCCCUCACCUUCCUCAUGAUCAUUGAUGCCCCACGAGGUGAGAUCUUGCAUGGAGCCCCAGACCGAGGGUGAUUGACCGUCAUCUUGAACUUCUUCCAUUUUCUAAUAAUUGCACCAACAGUUGUUGCCUUCUCACCAAGCUGCUUGCCUAUUGUUCUGUAGCCCAUCCCAGCCUUGUGCAGGUCUACAAUUUUAUCCCUGAUGUCCUUACACAGCUCUCUGGUCUUGGCCAUUGUGGAGAGGUUGGAGUCUGUUUGAUUGAGUGUGUGGACAGGUGUCUUUUAUACAGGUAACGAGUUCAAACAGGAGGGCUUCUUAAAGAAAAACUAACAGGUCUGUGAUAGCUGGAAUUCUUACUGGUUGGUAGGUGAUCAAAUACUUAUGUCAUGCAAUAAAAUGCAAAUUAAUUACUUAAAAAUCAUACAAUGUGAUUUUCUGGAUUUUUGUUUUAGAUUCCGUCCCUCACAGUUGAAGUGUACCUAUGAUAAAAAAUUACAGACCUCUACAUGCUUUGUAAGUAGGAAAACCGGCAAAAUCGGCAGUGUAUCAAAUACUUGUUCUCCCCACUGUAUAUAUGUGUGUGGCGUGCGCUCAUACUUUUAACAAGUAAUAAUGCACUAUAAUAGUUGGGUAUAAAGUUCUCUAAUACGUCCUGAUAUUUCUCCAGGAGCGUAGAGACGUGGGCCAGAAUAUGAAGUAUGUAGAGCUGCUGCUGGUAGCUGACCAUGCUGAGGUAAGAGGCCAGACAUUUUACAUUGCCAUUUAUUCCAGUUAGUCAGUUGUAUCGGUGAGACGGUAGAAAGCAUGACCUCCAUUUCUUCUUUUGACCUGUGAUUCAUACUCCAAGGAAGAACUAGAUACCAUCUAUAACUCUGUUACAUCCCCCGAUCCCUUCAUCUCUCUAUGGUCAUAUCUCAACCACAUCCUCCACACUCCCCCCUAAUGAGAUCUAACAGUGUCUGUUCUAAAAUCCUUCAUUGCUGUCUGACGUGUCUGAUUGGUUGAGGCCAUCCUGCUGCCAUGACUCACGUCCUGUGUGAAAUUGUGUGUCUGUGUAGUUUCAGAAGCACGGCAGGGACUUAAAUAGGACGAAGAGGAAACUGCUGGAGGCGGCUAACUACGUAGACAAGGUGAGAAACACCGCCCCCACACACACUGUGGUUAAUUUGGAAGGUGGUUGGUCCCUGGUCUGGGGGCGUGCCUGGGUGGAGACAUAAUACACUAUCCUAAACAAUAGAAUACUGACAAAAGGCACCUAUCACAGCAUACUGCAAUUUUUGGGGGGAGAAUGACUGUGAGAAGGUCAGUUCUGAUGACUUUUUAUAAGGACAUUCUACUGCAAAAUGAAUGAAAAUAAAAUGACAUCUAAAAUAUAAUUUCCCCCCAAAAAUUAGCCCAAUAACAUAUAGGUCCAUAUUAUCAGGCAGGUGUGCUAGAUCACAAACUUUAGUUAGAAACAUAUUGAUAACUUAAAUGUCCCCCAAAAAAACUACGUUCCACUGGCACUCAGCCAACCAAGGAUCACGUAGUGUAAAAAUAAUGUAGGCCUAGCUGAGACACCUGACCCUGUUACAUUUAGCCCCGGCCUUCCCUAUGCAUUCAAUGCCACUGGCACAAUUGGCGAGUGCUAAUGCGCAUAAACCAUGCCGCUGCUAAACACUCUGGUUCUAAACACUCUGGUUCUAAACACUCUGGUUCUAAACACUCUGGUUCUAAACACUCUGGUUCUAAACACUCUGGUUCUAAACACCCUGGUUCUAAACACUCUGGUUCUAAACACUCUGGUUCUAAACACUCUGGUUCUAAACACUCUGGUUCUAAACACUCUGGUUCUAAACACUGGUUUGAAAAACUAUUGUUCGAAAAACGAUGGUUCUAAAAUGGUGCAUUUUAGGACUACUAAUUUCUUGGAUUUGAGAAAUAAGUGUAGCCUGAUAACACUAGAAAGAAAUUUGAAUGCGCCUCGAGAUGAAUAUUAUUUUCUCGCAUAGAAUGCGACAGGUUGAACAAUUGAAUAGGUAAACUAUUCUACUAUGGGGUUGUUUGAUUUAGCUGUUGCAAUUUUUCAUUAGAUAAUUCAAAUAACCAUAUCUACCGGGUCUCAGCUCCGUCUGGCUCUCAUUUGGAUGAUAGAUGCCAGGUCUCGUACCCGGCAGGACCCGGCCCAAUUUAACCCCUGCACACACACACACACACACACACACACACACACACACACACACACACACACACACACACACACACACACACACACGUUUGCUACUGUAUCCUCACUGAACAUAAUUAACAAUGAUAAUGUACUUCUAUAUUAGUCAAAUGAUCUUUGGGCUGUGUGUUUGUGCAGUACUACAAGUCUCUAAGUAUCCGUGUGGCAGUAAUCGGUCUGGAGGUGUGGUCUGAUCAGGACAGGAUCAGUGUGUCUGGUAACCCCUACAGUACCCUGGGAGCUUUCCUGGCCUGGAGACGCAAACAGCUACACACACUACCUAACGACAACGCUCAACUCAUCACGUUAGUGUUACACGCACGCACGCACACUCACUCUCACACACACACACACUCCUCAAUGACAUUACUCAGCUCAUAACAUUAGUGUUUACACACACUCCUUACUACACUCUCCUUUAAUCCAUCCAUCCUUAAUCCAUCUCUCUUUCCUUCCAUUAAGACCAUUCAGUGGAACUACAAAGCUGUUUUUUUUUGUUUCCUCAGGGGCGUGUCGUUUCAGGGCACCACCAUUGGGCUGGCCCCUCUCAGAGCCAUGUGCUCAGAGUACCAGUCAGGGGGAGUCAACUCAGUAAGACUGCAACAGAACUCUGUCAUUUGAGAUUUGACCAUAGCCAAUAGCAGCCCACUAAAGAUUUUUCUAAAGUUGUAAUAAAGUUGUGAUGUAUUUGUAAUAUCACACAUAGAUGUACAACCAAGCAAACAUGAAAUGCAUGUCCCUUUGACUUUCAAUACGGGAAUCCACCUCUAACCAUUUACCUCUACCCCUUGACCUCUGCCCCCUGCAGGACCACUCUGACAGUGCUGUGGGCGUGGCAGCGACCAUGGCCCACGAGAUGGGGCAUAACUUUGGCAUGAGCCACGACAGCCCUGGGUGCUGCCAGGCCAAGGCUGAUGAUGGAGGCUGCAUCAUGGCUGCUGCCACUGGGUGAGAGAAUCUAUCUAUGUUGAAAAGCUCUUUCUUAUUAAAGAUAUUUUAUUUCAAUGAGAAUAAACCUGUAUAAAUAAAGGUUAAAUAACCAAUGAUAUAAUGAUUGAUCCUGCUUUGUAAAAUAUAGUCCUGGGACACGUUCAGCUGAGCAAAAUGUUGUGGAAUAUUAAUGUCUGUAUAGAAAUAUAUUACAUAGAACAGACUUUCUUCUCUGACAUGUAGAGUAGAAGGAAUCAUGUAAAGUCUAUUCAUGCCUUUUUCUAUCUGCAACGUGUCGCAACGUUGCACCUUACUGAAUACACCCCUGGUGUGUGUGUCGCAGCCACCCGUUUCCGCGUGUGUUUAAUGACUGUAACCAGCGGGAGCUGAGCAGGUACCUGAGCUCCGGAGGGGGGAAGUGUCUGUUCAACCUCCCCAACACCAGAGCCAUGUACGGGGGGCAGCGCUGUGGGAACGGGUACCUGGAGGAUGGAGAGGAGUGUGACUGUGGAGACGAGGAGGUGAGGGGGGAGUGUGUGCGUGUGCUUGUGCGUGUGCGAGUGUGUGUACUGAUUAUUCAUCCUCUCUCUGUAGGAGUGUUCCAGUCCCUGCUGUAAUGCCAACAACUGUACUCUGAAGGCUGGAGCAGAGUGUGCCCAUGGAGUCUGCUGCCACAACUGUAAGGUACUGUACACACUGUCCUCUCUCUUUCUUUCUGGUUGUCCUCUCUCUCUGUCUCUGUCUCUCUCUCUAUCCUCCACCCUUUCUCUGUCUCCUCCUCCAAUAUCUCUUUCUCUCUGUGUUGUGUCGUUUGAUAGUCUACACUGUCCCCCCUCUCUCUCUCUCUCUCUCUCUCUCUCUCUCUCUCUCUCUCUCUCUCUCUCUCUCUCGCUCUCUCUCGCUCUCUCUCGCUCUCUCUCUCGCUCUCUCUCUCUCUCUCUCUCUACAAUUUCAAUUCAAAGGGCUUUAUUGGCAUGGGAAACAUGUUUACAUUGCCAAAGCAAGUGAAAUAGAUAAUAAACUAAAGUGAAAUAAAAAAUGAACAGUAAACAUUACACAAAAGUUCCAAAAGAAUAAAGACAUUUCAAAUGUCAUAUUAUGUCUAUAUACAGUGUUGUAAUGAUGUGCAAACAGUUAAACUACAAAAGGGAAAAUAAAUAAAUAUGGGUUGUAUUUACAAUAGUGUUUGUUCUUCACUGGUUGCCCUUUUCUUGUGGCAACAGGUCACAAAUCUUGCUACUGUGAUGGCACACUGUGGUAUUUCACCCAAUAGAUAUGGGAGUUUAUCGAAAUUGGGUUUGUUUUCGAAUUCUUUGUGGAUCUGUGUAAUCUGAGGGAAAUAUGUGUCUCUAAUAUGGUCAUACAUUUGGCAGGAGGUUAGGAAGUGCAACUCAGUUUCCACCUCAUUUUGUGGGCAGUGUGCACAUAGCCUGUCUUCUCUUGAGAGCCAGGUCUUCUCAAUAGCAAGGCCAUGCUCACUGAGUCGGUACAUAGUCAAAGCUUUCCUUAAUCUCUGUUUAGGACCAAAUAGCAUUAUAGUUUGCUCCGUUUUUUUGUUAAUGCUUUACAAUGUGUCAAGUAAUGAUCUUUUUGUUUUCUCAUGAUUUGGUUGGGUCUAAUUGUGUUGCUGUCCUGGGGCUAUGUGGGGUCUGUGUUUGUGAACAGAGCCCCAAGACCAGCUUGCUUAGGGGCUCUUCUCCAGGUUCAUCUCUCUGUAGGUGAUGGCUUUGUUAUGGAAGGUUUGGGAAUCGCUUCCUUUUAGGAUUUUAAUAAUUCUGCUCUGCAUGCAUUAUUUGGUGUUUUACAUUGUACAUGGAGGAUAUUUUUUGCAGAAUUCUGCAUGCAGAAUUCACAUUUUGUGAAUUCUUGGUUGGUGAGCGGACCCCAGACCUCACAACCAUAAAGGGCAAUGGGUUCUAUAACUGAUUCAAGUAUUUUUAGCCAGGUCCUAAUUGGUAUGUUGAAUUUUAUGUUCCUUUUGAUGGCAUAGAAGGCCCUUCUUGCCUUGUCUCUCAGAUCGUUCACAGCUUUGUGGAAGUUACCUGUUGCGCUGAUGUUUAGGUAUGUAUCGUUUUUUGUGUGCUCUAGGGCAACGGUGUCUAGAUGGAAUUUGCAUUUGUGGUCCUGGCAACUGGACCUUUUUUUGGAACACCAGGGAUUUACUGUAAGGGCCCAGGUCUAACAGAGUCUAUGCAGAAGAUCUAGGUUCUGCAGUAGGCCCUCCUUGGUUGGGGACAGAAGCACCAGAUCAUCAGCAAACAGUAGACAUUUGACUUAAUAUUCUAGUAUGGUGAGGCUGGGUGCUGCAGACUGUUCUAAUGCCCUCACCAAUUAGUUGAUAUACAGUUGAAGUCGGAAGUUUACAUACACUUAGGUUGGAGUCAUUAAAACUAAUUUUUCAACCACUCCACACAUUUCUUGUUAACAAACUAUAGUUUUGGCAAGUCGGUUAGGACAUCUACUUUGUGCAUGACACAAAUACAUUUUCCAACAAUUGUUUACAGACAGAUUAUUUCACUUAUAAUUCACUGUAUCACAGUUCCAGUGGGUCAGAAGUUCACAUACACUAAGUUGACUGUGCCUUUAAACAGCUUGGAAAAUGCCACAAAAUGAUGUCAUGGCAUUAGAAGCUUCUGAUAGGCUAAUUGACAUCAUUUGAGUCAAUUGGAGGUGUACCUGUGGAUGAAUUUCAAGGCCUACCUUCAAACUCAGUGCCUCUUUGCUUGACAUCAUGGGAAAAUCAAAAGAAAUCAGCCAAGACCUCAGAAAAACAAAUGUAGACCUCCACAAGUCUGGUUCAUCCUUGGGAGCAAUUUCCAAACGCCUAAAGGUACCACGUUCAUCUGUACAAACAAUAGUACGCAAGUAUAAACACCAUGGGACCACACAGCCGUCAUACCGCUCAGGAAGGAGACGCGUUCUGUCUCCUAGAGAUGAACGUACUCAGAACAACAGCAAAGGACCUUGUGAAGAUGCUGGAGGAAACGGGUACAAAAGUAUCUAUAUCCACAGUAAAACGAGUCCUAUAUCGACAUAACCUGAAAGGCCGCUCAGCAAGGAAGAAGCCACUGCUCAAAGCCACCUUAAAAAAGCCAGACUACGGUUUGCAACUGCACAUGGGGACAAAGAUCAUACUUUUUGGAGAAAUGUCCUCUGGUCUGAUGAAACAAAAAUAGAACUGUUUGGCCAUAAUGACCAUCGUUAUGUUUGGAGGAAAAAUGGGGCCCUUGCAAGCCGAAGAACACCAUCCCAACCGUGAAGCACAGGGGUGGCAGCAUCGUGCUGUGGGGGUGCUUUGAUGCAGGAGGGACUGGUGCACUUCACAAAAUAGAUGGCAUCAUGAGGAAGGAAAAUUAUGUGGAUAUAUUGAAGCAACAUCUCAAGACAUCAGUCAGGAAGUUAAAGCUUGGUCGCAAAUGGGUCUUCCAAAUGGACAAUGACCCCAAGCAUACUUCCAAAGUCGUGGCAAAAUGGCUUAAGGACAACAAAGUCAAGGUAUUGGAGUGGCCAUCACAAAGCCCUGAGCUCAAUCCUAUAGAAAAGUUGUGGGCAGAACUGAAAAGGCGGUUGCGAGCAAGGAGGCCUACAAACCUGACUCAGUUACACCAGCUCUGUCAGGAGGAAUGGGCCAAAAUUCACCCAACUUAUUGUGGGAAGCUUGUGGAAGGCUACCCGAAACGUUUGACUCAAGUUAAACAAUUUAUAGGCAAUGCUACCAAAUACUAAUUGAGUGGAUGUAAACUUCUGACCCACUGGGAAUGUGAUGAAAUAAAUAAAUAAUUCUCUCUACUAUUAUUCUGACAUUUCACAUUCUUAAAAUAAAGUGGUGAUCCUAACUGACCUAAGACAGGGAAUUUUUACUAGGAUUAAAUGUCAGGAAUUGUGAAAAACUGAGUUUAAAUGUAUUUGGCUAAAGUGUAUGUAAACUUCCGACUUCAACUGUAUAUGUUGAAGAGGGUGGGUCUUAAGCUGCAUCCCUGUUUCACCCCACGGCCCUGUGGAAAGAAAUGUGUGUUUUUUGCUAAUUUUUACCGCACACUUGUUUGUGUACAUGGAUUUUAUAAUGUCGUAUGUUUUUCCCCCAACACCACUUUCCAUCAAUUUGUAUAGCAGACCCUCAUGCCAAAUUGAGUCAAAAAAUUUUUUAAAUCAACAAAGCAUGAGAAUACUUUGCAUUUGUUUUGGUUUGUUUGUUUGUCAAUUAGGGUGUGCAGGGUGAAUACGUGGUCUGUCGUACAGUAAUUCGGUAAAAAGCCAAUUUGACAUUUGCUCAGUACAUUGUUUUCACUGAGGAAAUGAACUAGUCUGCUGUUAAUGAUAAUGCAGAGGUUUUUCCCAAGGUUGCUGUUGACGCAUAUCCCACGGUAGUUAUUGGGGUCAAAUUUGUCUCUACUUUUGUGGAUUGGGGUGAUCAGUCCUUGGUUCCAAAUCUUGGGGAAGAUGCCAGACCUGAUGAUGAUGUUAAAGAGUUUAAGUAUAGCCAAUUAGAAUUUGUGGUCUGUAUAUUUUAUAUUACACCACAGGCCUUUUUGGGUUGGAGGGUUUGUAUUUUGUCCUGUAGUUCAUUCAAUGUAAUUGGCGAAUCCAGUGGGUUCUGGUAGUCUUUAAUAGCUGAUUCUAAGAUUUGUAAUUGAUCUCUCUCUCUCUCUCUCUUCCUCCAAUAUCUCUGUCUCUGUCUCUGUCUCUCUCUCUCUCUCUCUCUCUCUCUCUCUCUCUCUCUCUCUCUCUCUCUCUCUCUCUCUCUCUCUCUCUCUCUCUCUCUCUCUCUCUCUCUCUCUCUCUCUUCCUCCAAUAUCUCUCUCUCGCUCUCUAGUUGAAGAGUCCAGGUGUGUUGUGUCGUAUUCCAUCAGGGUCAUGUGACCUACCCGAGUACUGUGAUGGGAAGGUGGAGUCUUGUCCUGCUAACUUAUACCUGGUGGAUGGUACUUCCUGUGCCGGGGGGCGGGCCUACUGCUACACUGGCAUGUGUCUCACCCUGGAGCAGCAGUGUCAAUCACUCUGGGGGCGGGGUUAGUACCUGUCAAUCACUCCAGGGCGGAGUUAGUAGGAGUGUUAUUGCAUCCUGUUAUAAAGUAAUGGAUUGCUUUUACAGCACUUUUCAAUAUAACGCUCCCCUAUUGAAAUCCAUUGUCUGGUCCAAAACCAGUCCUUAGCCCCACUUUGGUGUCUGCGGCUUCCACAAUAUUGCUCACACAUAUCCGGGUCCUUCAGACUGGAGAAGGAUUAGGACUGAGUUCUCUGUUUGGUGUCACUAUCAGAGAUCUUCACAGGACAGGCUUUACCUGACCACAGGAACAUCUGUCUGCUAGCAGGCGGUCAUAUAACACUGUGUGUGUUCUGUCCUCUCUAGAUGGCCGUCCUGCUCCAGACCUGUGCUUUAAGAAGGUGAACGAGGCAGGAGACUCCUUUGGGAACUGUGGCAAAGACCUGGUGGGGAAAUACAGAGGAUGCAGGGACAGGUGAGGAGACACACAGUUACCCCAUGUGAUUGUCUUUUCCUAAAACUUCUAUUUACCGUUUUAUGUAUCUUCCAUCCCUACAUGUACAAAUCCAUGUGACCUUUCUGUUGUUUCAGGGAUGCUAGGUGUGGUAAGAUCCAGUGUGUGAGUUCAGCCUCCAAGCCCCUAGAGACUAACGCUGUUCCCAUCGACACCACGGUCCGAGUGGGGAACAGGAAGAUCCUCUGUAGGGGGACACACGUUUACCGACCAGGCCAGGGGGACGAGGGACAGGGGGACACACUGGACCCAGGACUGGUCAUGACUGGGACCAAGUGUGGAGAGGACUCGGUGAGGAGGGGAGAGGAGAAGGGAGGAGUGGUUGGAGGGUGUGUGUGUGUGCGCUCUGGGCUCAAUGCUGCGUUUGCAGUUCUGUUUGCAGUUCUGUUUGCAGUUCUGUUUGCAGUUCUGUUUGCAGUUCUGUCCAGGGAGAUGUAUUACUUAAUUCCUUUCCUGCAGAUGUGUGUGUCCUCAUCCUGCAGAUGUUCUGUCAGUGCAUGUGUCUGUAUAUUUUAGUCCUCUAAGACUGUUGUGGCAGGAUGGACUGGACUAUCUACUUAUGAUAAUGACUAUUUCUCUCUCUCUCUCUCUUCUCUCUCUCUCUCUCUCCUCUCUCUCUCUCUCCUCUCUCUCUCUAGCUCUCUCUCGAGAGCGUAAGGAGAGGUAUCUGCUAUCUGGGCGAUGACUAGACUCGAUGCUAUCUCUCUCUUCUCUUCAGCUCGAGCGAUCGCAACUAUUCGCUCCUAUCUCGCUCUUAUUCCCUCUGUCCUCAUCCUCCUCUCUCUUCCUCCAUGACGCUCAUCGGCUAGCCUCGCAUAGUCAUGAUCUAGCCUCGAAGCGUCUCUCUCUAGUACACAUCCUUCUCUGAGUAUCCGCUGAUCGCUGCUCUCUCUUCUCUCGCUUCUUCUCUCUAUCUGAUUCUCUAUCAGUUCCGUCUCUCUCUCGUCUCUCAUCUCUCUCUCUCUCAUCUCUCUCUCUCUCUCUCUCUCUCAUCUUUCUCUCUCUCUCUCUCUCAUCUUCUCUUCUCUCUCUCUCCUCCCCUAUCUCUCCGCUCAUCCUCUCCUCUCCUUCCUUCUCUUCUCCACCAGAUCCCUUUCCUGGAGUCCGCAACAGUCUUUUCUGGAGUCCGCCGGUUGAGUGCAAUGCCAAGUGCCACGGCCAUGGGGUAUGGGAGGGCUGGGUGUGUGAUAGGGGAAGCGUAUGUGAGUGAUGUGUGAAGGGUAGGUAGGCGUAUGGGCUACUGUAGGAAGGUGCUGGGUCUGAGGUUAUGGACUCAGGGGUUUAAUAAAGCUGUUAUAACACAUGAUAUAGAGUAGGAGGAAUAUUGAAAGGUUGUCAGUGUUGAAACCGUGUUGUGGUUUCUUCUUCUCUCUCUCUAUCUGUGUAACAACAACAACCACUACUUAUCUCUCCUCCUCCUCUCUCUCUCUCUCUCUCUCUCUCUCUGUCUCUCUCUCUCUCUCUCUCUCUCUCUCUCUCUCUCUCUCUCUCUGUCUCUCUCUCUGUGUAACAACAACCACUACUUAUCUCUCCUCUCCUCCUCCUCUGUUCUCUCUCUAGCUGUGUAACAACAACCACCACUGCCACUGUGACUCAGGCUGGGCCCCUCCCCUGUGUGACCAGGAGGGGACAGGAGGGAGUAUCGACAGUGGCCCUGUCAUCAACCACAGUAUGUUAUCAAUCAACCAACCAGUCACUCAAAUAAUGAUUCAGUCAGUCAAUUAAAUCUAAUAACUGAUGUGGUGUUGCAAAAGACUACUAGGUUUAAACAACAUGUAUUUCAUUAUUGGUUUUCAAGUCAUAUCUUCCAGGUUUGCUCUGACCUCUGUUGUUUAUGUUGUUUGUGUUUCUAGGCAGUCUACUUCCUGUCCUGUUGCUCCUCCCCCUGGUUCUCUUCGUCCUAUUGGCUGCUGUGGGACGAUGGUGCUGCUACAGCCAUAAACUACAUAAAAACCUUCCUCUCAAGACCUCGGUCCCACCACCCAAGACAAUGUGUGUAACUGUUUUUCUGUUGUUUUUACAUCUUUAACUGUUUGGAUUUUUCUUAUUUUAUUCAAGGCAAAUAUGCAACAUAGACAUUGCAGAGUAAUGAGUGCUCCUGAGUAAUGAGUGCUCCUGAGUGGCGCAGUGGUCUAAGGCACUGCAUCGCAGUGCUAACUGUGCCACUAGAGAUCCUGGUUCGAAUCCAGGCUCUGUCGCAGCCGGCCGCGACCGGGAGACUCAUGGGCGGCGCACAAUUGGCCCAGGGUCGUCCAGGGUAGGGGAUGGAAUGGCCGGCAGGGAUGUAGCUCAGUUGAUAGAGCAUGGCGUUUGCAACGCCAGGGUUGUGGGUUCGAUUCCCACGGGGGGCCAGUAUAUAAAAAAAAAUGUAUUCACUAACUGUAAGUCGCUCUGGAUAAGAGCGUCUGCUAAAUGACUAAAAUGUAAAUGUAAUCAACAUCUCAAAUGUAACUUCAAGAAUGAAAAACACUGUUUGACUCCACAGUUGUCCAGUCAGUUGUUCAGUCCCUGCUGAAGCCAAACAUCUACAAGCCAACAGUCUUGCCAAUGGUCACCUUGCCAACAGUCUUGUCAACGGUCACCUUGCCAACGGUCAUGCCAACAGUCACCUUGACAACAGAAAUGCAAACGGCCAUGCCAACCCUACCUUCCUACUGAAGAGACAGGGCUCAGACAAACUGGUAAGGGGAUCUGUUCAUUCACCAGAGUACUUUGUAUGUACAGUACAGUCAAUACUAAAAAGGGUACUCUUGACAGGUAAAUAACUAAAUUAAAUGUUUUAAGUUCUGACAGUAAUGCUCUGAGUGAUUGUGUUUGUCCUCCACAGAGUCAGUCCAGUCCUCGCCCCAGCCCCUCCACCAGGACCAGGCACACUGUCUUCCGUCCCACAGUUAAACCCCCUCCUAUACCUGCUUACGUAGCCCAGCAGAGACAGGCUCUAUCCCAGCCCCAGCCUCAACCCUCCCUCCAGCCCAAGCCCCAACCCUCUCUCCAGCCUCUGCCACAGCCCAAGCCCCAACCCUCUCUCCAGCCUCUGCCACAGCCCAAGCCCCAACCCUCUCUCCAGCCUCUACCACAGCCCAAGCCCCAACCCUCUCUCCAGCCUCUGCCACAGCCCAAGCCCCAACCCUCUCUCCAGCCUCUACCACAGCCCAAGCCCCAACCCUCUCUCCAGCCUCUGCCACAGCCCAAGCCCCAACCCUCUCUCCAGCCUCUGCCAAAGCCCAAGCCUAAACCUCCUCCCAUCCUCAGCUACCUAGCCCAGCAGAAAGGACCCCUCCCGCCCCUUCCCCCAGCCAUCCUGCCCCCCAGUGCCAAGUCCUCCCCCUCAACACCUCACACACACAGACCUGACCCCCCCAACAGACCCCCGCCCCCCCGCCCCCCUGCCCGCUCUCCAAACCCCAAAUAUCAUUGGACGUGUUACAGAGAGGAGUCCAAUCUGGCGCCACCUGGUGGACAGAAGUAACCCAGCAGGUAAGAACAGAUUUUUUUGUUAGGGUGUGUCCCAAAUGGCACCCUUUUUCCUUUAUAUGGCACUAAUUUUGACUCUUAUUUUCUGUUCUAGAUUCCAAAGCAACAGAAAAGUUAUGGUUAAUUAUCAAAAGAUCUGUUAUUUUCACUCCAUUUCAUGAUGUUCCACUUUCUUUUCUAGAUCCCAAAACAAGAUCUCAGGGAGGAGU